GACGACCACUCUUCGCGUACUCACAGCCGCAACAUGGCGGAGUCUAGUGAGGUAGAAGUAGUGCUCGAUCCGGUGAAGGCGUCGACGCUGCUUGACUUGGAGCGCGGGCGAAUAUCCCAAGGCCUAUCGGCGGAAGCGACAAGAACAGGAAUCUGGAUCCAAGGUCUCGACACGCGUUUUCGCGAUGUUUGGCAAGGUGGAAGGGUGAUUGGGAUUGGUACGGCUGAAGCUACAGAAGACGGACUGGAUCAGGAAAGGAGCUUGCUGUCUUUACAUCUCAUCUCAGCAGUGCUGUUGAGCAGUCACAAUCGGUUGCAAUUGCCCAAGACGCCGAACACGCCUGUGGAGACAUCAUCCCCAGAUGCAUCAGUGGGGCCAACUAUCUACGUGAUUGCGCAUUACACAAGCCAGACAAUACCUCUGCUUCAUGGGCAUCUUGCAAAGACUCUCGCCGACUCGCAGGCGGCAAGUAAGUUGCUGAAGCAUGUUCAAUCAUUGCAAUACUUCACUCUUAUCGGACUUGGCCAGAGCGUGUCGGAAGUCAGCGACCAGGUAUAUCAACGGACUCAGCAGACCAGAGAGCUUCAGGAAGAAGACAAGAGCGAAAACAAUGGAGACCAGAUCAUGGAUGUUGUGUGGAUUCGAGGGCUCGAAGAAAGAAUGACAGCGACCUACAGGAGAAGCGGUCUUGUCCACGCCAACGCAGUCCUAGCACACGUCACGCGGAGAAUUGUGCAAUUGUCUAGGAUGUCGGCUGAUGUACUUGUCCUGGUGGAUGUUCCAGUUGUGUUUGACAGCGUUAAGGAGGAUAACGUGAGUCUAGAGGCCUCUAGAAGCUUCGCUAGGGCCAUGAAGCUUGAGUCUGCUUUCGCUGGGCCUAACGGUGAACACCUGAGGCUGAUAUGCGGAAACGAGUUGCUAUCUCGAACAUUCGAAGCGGCGCUCGACUGCCUUAUUGCAGUGCAUGAUGGACUCGGCAGGGUGAAGGACAGGACAAAGCAACCCGGAAAAGGGGUGCAAUUGGUCGAGGUCCUGAAGGACAGGCUGGGAGACACGACUGGAUUAUGGGCUGUUUGGACCACCAAUGACCAGGAGUGA